CAACAGCAACAACAACGUCAACAACCUUCCAUGCCAAGCUCACUACUCUGCAACAACAGCAGCAACAGAAACAUCAGCAGCAGCAGCAACAUCUGAAUGAACAUAACAGUGCCACACGUAGACGCACGUAGACGUAUUGCAUGUAACCGGAACACAAAAACUCGGCACGAAGAAGGCUAAAAACGCGAAAAUAAUUUGCCAUUUUUCCAUCUCCAACGAAAUCCAUAAAAAUUGUGAAAAUCAAUCGGGUGUGAAGAAAACAUAUAAAAAUUUAGAAAACAAAACAAGUGAAAAACAAAAAAUUUAUAUCACAAACCAUAAGGAAAAUCCUCACAAAUUUUUUGUUGUUGGUUUUUUUUUGUUACAAAAAUAGCAAAAGAAAAACAAAACUAUUUACAAUAAAACAAAAAAUAAAAAAAAUAAUACAAUAAAAAUAUUAAAAGUUUUUUGUGAAGAGCCCAAAUCGGACCAAAAAAUAAAAUUUUCAAAAUCAUUGGGGAGUGAACAAAAUUAUUUGACACAACCAAAAAAAAAAAAAAAUAAUAAAAAAUUAAAAAAAAAAUUGGAUUUGUGUGUUCUAUAAAAAUACCAAAAAACCAUUUAAAAAAGUUAAUUAAAAAGCAAAAUUUCUUGAAGAAAAAAACCAUCUUACCAUCCAAGAUAUCUAAAAUAUAAUGGAGUGUGGUUAACAAUUACAUCCCUACCUAUGGAGAAAAAGUAAAUGAGUCUAUAUAAAUAUUUUGCUGGAGAAAACCCUGAAAACAAUUCAUACAAAAAGUUUAGAAAACAAGCAACUGAGUUCAGACAAGGAGGAAAACAACAAAUAAUCAAGAAAUCAGUGUAAAAAUGACUUCGUUACCUUCGACACUCCGUACAACAGCAAUUUCGAUGACAUAGACGUGCGUGGAAACUGAUUAAUCAAAAUUUCAUAGCUAUUCUUCAGGCCAAUGUUCGCAAAUGAAACCAUAAUAAUUUAAAAAUCACUUAACUUUAAACUAGAGUUCUGUAAAAACUAACUUUUUUAGUUUCAAUCCAAGCCGGUACACAACUUCUUCACAUUAAGUUUUAUUUUUAUUCAAAACCCCAAAGCAAAGGACCCUUCAAAAAAGAAAAGAACCAAAAUUCAAAUUCAAAAAAGUAAAAAUUUCAAACUUUCGUGAAUACGUUUUUCUUUUCGACAGAGCUCUAGUAAAAUCAAAAAUCAAUCGUUUUUAUUUUAAAAAGUCAAAAAUUAACAAAUUUUGGAUUUCAAUUAAGAAUCUUUUGAGUGUUAAUCAUUUGUUUAAAAAAAAGAGAAAAAGCCGCAUAAAAAGGCACAUACCAGUCAAGAUACCCACAUCGUCUAAAGGAAGAAAGGCAAUUCACAAAAAGGUCUUGCGGAAAACAUAUUUCCCUAAAACCCCCUGAAUGUUGCUGUCGCAGAUUUUAAAUUUCCUCUAAACUUGGAGUAAACAACUAAGAAAAAAGAUCUUUUUGUAGAGGGAUGUUCUUCUGUACAAAAUUCAAAAUUUCCCAAAUGCCUUCAAAGCAAUACAACUCCAGCGACUACGAUAUAUUCUGGCCUUCAUCUGAUUGCUAACUUAAAAUCACAACACACAUAAAUUUUGGACCAAAAACUUGAAAAAAAAAAAACAAACGAUUAUAUUCUUUGGCAAAAAGUGACAAAAAUAAAUAAAUCACCCACAUUUAAUUUUUGAAUACUGUAUCUCGAAACGAAUCAAAACUCGCGCGUGUGUGCACAUUCAUUGAAAAAUAUUUGUAACAAAAUUGAAUUAAGGCAAACGUAUCAUUUUUUAUACCACACUGAUCGCAGCAACUCGAACUAAAACAGUCGAAGUUAUUGGGAACGUAACGGAGAAGCGAGCAGCGGCAACCACGGCCAACAUAAUAAUUAUCUUAUGGAUUGCUGGACGGGUAACGCCCGACUGGCGAGUGUUUUAGUUUAAGCAGCGUAAGCUGUCACCGACAUGGGCAGUGAGCACUACUGCUUGAGGUGGAACAAUCAUCAAUCCAACCUGUUAGGGGUGUUUAGUCAAUUAUUACAGGACGAGAGCCUGGUGGACGUCACAUUAUCUUGUUCAGAGGGCGCUCCCAUCAGAGCCCAUAAGGUGGUCCUCUCGGCCUGUUCAUCGUAUUUCCAGAGCCUUUUUCUGGACCACCCCGAAAAGCAUCCCAUUGUGAUAUUAAAGGACGUCCGUUUUGCCGAACUGCAAACCUUAGUAGAAUUCAUGUAUAAAGGCGAAGUAAACGUGCAAUAUUGUCAGUUAUCGGCACUGCUGAAAACGGCUGAGUCUUUGAAGGUCAAGGGUUUAGCAGAAAUGACAAAUCAGAAUACAACCCUACGAGAACCAGAACGUGAACCCGAACGACUACGACCCCACUCACAGCCCUGUAAGAGUAGUAACAGCUCAUGUGACAGUCCCGUCGAUGCCACACUUUCCGGGCCAUCUACAUCCGCAUCCAAUAUUGGUACGUCAUCGCAACACUCUGCCGCCUCAACAGCAGCACCCUCAAUAGGAACAGCAGCAACAACACCAAUAAAUGCCGCCUCUUCAACAUCUGCCACCACAAAUGCCACAAGCACUACAGUGGCUGCCGCAGCGGCCACCUCAUCCGCCAUUGCCAGCUCCCUAAGUUCGAAGCGAAGUGGUAGUACAAGCACCAGUAAUGAACAGUCAGCAACGGAACGUUGUAGUCCCUCACCUCCGAAGCGAAUCCACGUUAAAUCGGCGGCCUCCAUACAGGAGCAUCGUGGGUCCCCCCAACCCCUAGAUCUCUAUCAAAGACGUUUGGAACAUCAACAGGAAGACACCAAGGAAAAUUCCAUUUUAAAUAAUGAUAAUGCAGCCGCAACAUCUGCAGCGACGGCGACCACAACGUCACUGGCAAAUGAUAGGGCAAGAAGUACGCCACCUCACAGUGCCGGCAGUGGGACAACAGCAAAGCACCACUGCCGAGAUGGUAAUGGUGACGACGACAUGGUCAUGAAACACGAGGACCCUGAUCGCGAUACUGGUCGGGAGGGAGGAGAGGAAGGAGAGUGCUCAUAUCAUUCACCCGAUCGACUUGGAGCCAUUGAUGUACAUAGAGGCUUGACCCGCGAUUGUGACGACUCGGUGGUGAAGAAAAUCGAAGAUGUUGAAGACGAUGACUAUGGAGACGAAGAAAUGGAUUUGGACGACGACGGUGAUAAUAGCUCGGACGAUGUGGCCGGGCUAAAUAUGAAAAUACAUAGCAGCAGUUUAGCGGCCGCCUUGGUAAGUCCCAAUUUGCGAUCUGGUCUGGAGAGUAGCCUGUGUGCGCUUGGUGGCGUACGCGAACGUGACCGUGACCUUGAAGCUGGAGAUUCGGCUCGGUCCACACCGCUAACAGCCUCAACGGCCUUGGCACUAGAUUCACACUCACAUCGUCCAGCAUCCCGCAGUUCACGAGAUGGUUCGUGUUUAGAUCGGCCCAGUAGUAGGGGCGGCCACAGCGGUUUACCGUCUACAUCAGCCACUUCGUUGGCUGGCGGUCUCAGUCCCGGUUCAUCAACGGCAGCAGCCUUAGGUCUGGUUGCUGAUACAUUGGCCGGACCAUCUGGUUUGGGACCAGUACAGUCGGUGCCAUUGUCUCUUAAAAAGGAAAUCGAUUGCAGUGAAGACGAUAAUAGCAACAGUCGUCACCUACAGCCACGCUCCGCAUCCGCCAGUGGCAUUUUGGGCGGUGAGCUCGAUUAUAGAACAUCUCAUGAAUCGCUUUUACGCAACUUUGGUAUGGCUACCAGAUGUCCUACACCAUUCGCUUUUCCAUUUACACCGCUGGGCUUAAGUUUAUUCGAUAUUGAUCCGUCCAGAAUAUUAACAUUGUUGCACCAUCAGACAUGGUUAGCAGAAGAGGCUUUAAGAAAUCGCGGUUUACUGACGCCCCCGCCUACAUCAAAGGAUUUCUCACACCGUUACAAUCCCUUAAGCGAUCUACUUUCCAAAGAUUAUCAUCCCAACCAUAUGCAUGUAAACACUGCCGAUCUGUUAGGCCGAUCAUCAACUUCUUCAGCAACCAAUGCUGGGGGAGCCAGUGAUUUGGCUAACAAACACCAACAACAGCAACACCGUUCCAUACCACAGCAACACCAGUACAAACAACAACCACCUUUUAAUAUACGUUAUCCGUCGCCAAGUGCAUUUUUCCAUCAUCAGCAGCAGCAACAACAAACGCAAGCCUUACAUCACCAUUUGCAACAUCAACUUCAGCCACAGAAGCUAAUAAAAUUAACUAGACAAAAUACGCCAUCUCCACAUCAUCAACAACAGCAAGGCGCCAAUUCGAUUCAGUCCUUGCACAAGACCUCCUCUGAGCGCUCUGUUACACCUUGCCAUCCCUCCAAGGACGAUAACAAUGAUUGUGAUGCCGUAAUUGAAUUGACACCAAUGUCACACGAUGAGGCAGCUGCCAUUAGAGACCGAGACAGUGGUAAUUCCAGUGCAGCCACAACUAGUUCCAUUACCUCAUCCAUGAUCUAUAAGGAUUCCCUAGAGCAAUUAUUGCAACGCCGCCACUCAAGCUCAACACUGGCUGUUGAGUCGGGUUUGAAGACGUAUUCGCAACUUUUGUUGAACUCAAGCACUCCAACGGAUACCUCAAGUUGUAAGGAGAAAAGCUCCUCUUCAUCUACCUCAUCUACACCGCCACCAACACCUGGUACGCCAGGUCAGCUCUCACUUAGCCGUAGUAGUUUGUUGAAAAGCCCCUCGGAUACCUCAUCAUUGUUCAGCGAGCCCAUCGAAGAGGAGACCCGUUGCAUAGUGUGCAAUGCUCACUUCCCCAAUGUUUGGCUAUUGGAACAACACGCCGCCCUGCAGCACCCCCUUUUGGGGCCAGGUGAGGAAAAACCUUUUAUUUGUGAACAAUGUGGUCAAACCUAUCGAUAUCGUUCAGCUUAUGCCAAACACAAAGAAACCAAUCAUCGAUCGCGUCUACCCGCUGACAAGCUCUUCACAUGCGAUGUCUGUGGCAUGCAGUUCCGCUACUUGAAAUCCUUUAAGAAACAUCGCCUAAACCAUGCCCUCGAGCGAUUGCAUGGCAAAAAAGGUAAGCAUCCAUUUGCCAUGCAUAUGCAACAUGAAAUGGUUCCGGGUUCCCAGGAGCCUUGCGCUGCCCCUAUGGGCUCCGAUUCAGAUAUCGUUGAAGAUUUACGUAUCAAUAUCAAAAAAGAACGUGACGAUGAUGAGUCGCAACAUCAGCAACAUCACCAACAGCAAUUGCUUCUGCAAAAGCAGGGGCAUGAGGAGGAGACCGAAGGCGGAGGUGGCGCUGAUUUAGUAGGAGUUCUAAGUUACGCAGAAAAUCAAAAACUACAGACCAAUACGAAAGAGCCGAAUAUUAUUCACAGCUCGGACGGAAUACAUAGUACAAAUAAGAGGCAACGUCUUCUUAAUACACCCCUAUCAUCCCAUAUGGAAACGGAUCCCUCCUUCCAUGCGCAGCAUCAACAUACAUCGAUCCCAACGUCGCAGCAACAAAAUCACCCUCAACAUCAUAUAGCACAUCAUUCACAUCUUCAUUCUCAACUGCCUGGGCAUUUGGCCCACAAUAUGACCGCUAUGGCGGCAGCUGCGGCUGCGGCCACCACCCCACAGCAUCCAGCACAAAUGACACCUCAAACAGCCGCAAUUCAUGGUACGGUUGCAGCAAGUACCAUGAGUUCCUUAAGUUCUCUCAACUCAAUAACUUCACUCAUCAAUGCGGAGCGUUUGCCGAAUGAACAGUUCUUGGGUCUUAAUCCACAAGAGGCCUCGAUACUAAAUUUCCUACGAGUUGAUGCCCAGGAAAGGCAACGCGAUAAAAGCAGGCCCCCGGCUUCUCGUUUCGCCUGCCCUUUCUGUGGUAAAUGUGUGCGCUCCAAGGAAAAUCUUAAACUACACGUGCGCAAACACACCGGGGAGCGACCCUUCGUAUGUCUCUUCUGCGGACGGGCCUUUGGAGGCAAAUCCGAUCUAACGCGUCACCUGCGCAUACACACGGGUGAGAGGCCUUACCACUGCGAAUCAUGUGGCAAGUGUUUUGCCCGUGCCGAUUACCUGUCGAAGCAUCUGACCACGCACAUACACAAUGCUCCGCGCUGAGAUGAGGUGCGAAGGAGAAGACUCCUUCGCCGUUAGGUGUUCAAGAAAAUACCACCGGCCCACAUUGCAAGAUCCACCCGAAAAACAAUGGCCCUGACAACACUUAGUAUAGAUCAAUUUUCACGGAGAACGGGAAAGAGAGAAAAUGUGGAAAAAAGGAAACACUUUAGAAUAAUACGUAAGAACUUUGGUAUCUACACAUACACGUACAUGCAUGUAUAAAAGCAAAAUAACAGACAUACACACUCACACCUAGUACAUACACAUGUACAUAUGAAGUUUCACUCCCAAUGUAAUAAAUACAUGCAAGCAUUAACACACCAGAAAAUGUUCGGUCGUUUAUCGACUUCGUCAAACAAUUGAGGCGUAUUUACAGGAAUCUUAAAUUGAAACACUUUAUAUAUAAUUUAAAAAUAACUUAUCAUUUCAAUGAUAUUUUCUUUUUCGUAUAAAUUGUAGGAAUAUAAACGUAAAUUAUAUCGGAGUCUAUACAUAUUAAAAAUAUUAAUUUAUAACUUUAUUGAAAUUACAAAACUAUUGUUUAGUUGUAAGCUCAUGAAUUUGAUUUGUCUAGGUGAAAUUAAGUAGUAAUUGAUUUUAAUGCUGGCCGUAUAAUCAAUCAAACACAAGGUCCUUGAUUUGUUAAAGACAAAAUCAUUGACUAGAUUGAAACGAUUUUAGUUCAUGUGGGAACCAUAUAUGGGUAUUAUUUUCUAACUCUAAUUACUUUUCAUUUCAUUCGUUUUAGUGUAUUAAAAUAUCUGAAACUUAAUUUUAAGUUAAAACUUUCAAAUAUAUUGAGAACAACAAUUGAUUAUUGUCAACUCCGGACGAAGGCAUAAUGAAAUAGCAACCUGGGUAUAUAUGAAAUGAAAUACGAUCGAAACAACACGAUUACAACUGUUUGAAAAAUUCCAAAUGUUUCAAUUUUAGCGUUAGUGGGGACACCUGAAAUCCUUAAUUAAGAGUAACGCGGCACAAAACGGAAACGUAAUCGGCUAAGAUUUUUGGCGGUUUUACUUCCAUUUUUCAAAUGGAAAGACUUGCUACCAACAUACCUUAAUAAGCGAUUUAAUAAAUCGUCGGUGUAAUGCUAUCUUGCUCCAUACGCCACUUUACUAAAUUUGAUAUAAACGCACUUGAAGUUUGCAAAAUGCAUUGAAAUAGGCCAUAUAUAUUUACACCUCAACAUCUCGAAACCUAAAAAAUAUACUUGAAAUGUUCUUAGUGAUUCUGAGAAGGGCAUAUCUUAGCAUCAUAAAAACCAAUCCAUUUUUCGAAAAUGGCGUAUGGAAUAAGAUAGCAUUAAGCCGACGAUAUGUAUGUGUGAUAGCAUUGAACACACGCUUACAACGCUCAUCCCAAACUUCCAUAAAACACUGGGAAAUGCAAUGUGUUGUCUUAAUGUAUGCAUAAAAAAAUUACCCAUCUUCUAUAAAGUCAAAACAUAGGCUUAGAAGAUAUAGGGUGAAUGAUAAGAAAGGUCAACCAAUGGUGAAUAAUAUUUUAUAGACAUGUUAAACUGAAAACUUCCCAUUAAUUCAACAAGAAAAUUAGAAAAGUUUUUCGACGACAUUUGGAAGGAGAUGUCUGUCCACUGUUAUCCGUUUGAACUAGUCUUUAAAAAUGAGGUAUCAUAUCAUUGAGCUAAGAACUUGCAUAGUACAACACUUAUUGUUAUGAAAGAAGUCUAUAUGGAAUCACAAUCUACAAGUAAUCGAUUGGAGAUGGGUCGGCUUUCACCCCAGCAAAUUUAAUUGCAUUUGAUUAUAGGACUUCAGGCUCAAUGUGGAAAUAUUUAUAACUCAAGCAGCACUUUUUAGCUUCAAAUCACCCAAUAUUGUCUGUUUCAGCAAGAAUGAAAAUACCUCUUUCAGGUUUCAAACCAACUACGAAUGCGGAAAAAUGUUUGUCAUGGUUUCAAAAGGAAAGGUAUUCGAGGCUACUUGAAAACCUGACAAUGGUUGCUUUAUUGAUUUGCAUAUAUCAAGCUAUUCCUAUUCAUUAUCAUCUCAAAAUCUUAAAAAAGCAUGCAGAUUCCUGUACAAUUUUAAGUCAUUUCAAGCUUACACAGGCAUUUAGCAGUUUCUUUUUCAAAUUAUGUCAAAGAAAUGGCUUACAUUCGGAAUUGAUUCAUUCUGUCUCAGGUGAUAGCAAAUAGAUUCAACUUUCUUGGUAGUUUUACUCUCAGUAAAAUCUGAUUCAAACCAUAUCUGAGUUUGUUAUCUCUGCAAAAUUAAUAAGACUCUGCAGGAUGACACUUACUGAUACGCGUUCCUUGGUAAGAAUAAGAAAGAAUCUCUCCGAACCAUUUAAUACCAAACUAGGUUUCAGACAAUCUUUUUAAUAUCCUGCUGGAGAAGAGUUUAGGAGAUGCAGAUGUGAAUAGAUAUGGAACACUAAUCGCAAGAGAACACACGCUACUCGCCUAUGCCGACGACAUCGACAUCAUCUGCCUUUGAAAGUAUCGAAAGAGAGUCAGUGAAAAUGGGUCUGGCAGAAAAUGGAGAUAAGACGAAAUGGAUGGUUUCAUAUCCCACACCUUGUACAACCGAGCAGAUAAAGAAAAUGGAGAAAUUUGGGAACCACAUCUUUGAGAUAGUCAGUAACUUUAUCUACCUCGGCACCGCCGUAACAGAAACUAUUGACACCAGUUUUGAGAUAAAGCGAAGAAUAAUACUGGCAAACAGAUGCUACUUUGGACUAAGUAAGCAGUUUAGAGACAAGGCCACCUCUCGUCAGACGAAGAUUGCACUAUGUAAGACACUGAUACUACCCGAAGCAUGGGUACUUGUGAAAGCAGAUGAGGCAGUGCUCUGGGUAUUUGAGAGAAAGAUUCUUCGUAAAAUAUAUGGACCAGUUUGCGUUAAUGGAGAAUAUUGGCGAAGAUUGAAUCACGAGCUGUAUGACGACGAUAGCAUAGUUACACGCAUCAAAAUACAACGGCUGCGUUGGCUAAGUCAUGUUGUCAGAAUGGAUGAAGAAGCUCCAGCAAAGAAGCCUUUUCAAGGCAAACACUAUGGUACACGCAACCCGAGAAGACCAAAAGCCCGAUGGAAAGAUCAAGUGGUGGGAGACACCACGAAACUUGGUGUCAGAGAUUUAAGAACGAGCGCAGAAGAUUGAGGUGCUCGGAACGCUAUUCUACGUUCACCUAGUGGAACAAAUGUUCUGUCAUAGCUAAUUAAAGUAAAGUAAGAAAAAUCUGAGAGAGCUGUUAUAAUAUGCUAAAUAUUGACAGAUGUGUGCUAAAAGCAGGGAAGUUUAGGUAUUUCGGAUAAUACAGAGUAUGGGCCAAUUGUGUUAAAUGAUCGUAGUCAAUUCGUGUUCUCCAGGUAGCAUUUAUAUAUGCAACAUUUUUAAUAAUUUGGUAUCAAUGAUGAUAAUAUAUUCUCCAAAAUUUAUUAUUAAUUUAAGAUUUUGUGUUAAUUUUUUAUUUAGGCAAAGUAAAAAAAAUUAAAUGUUAUUAUGUUUUGGUGCUGGACUUCGUUAAGAAAGAAAUGAUAAAUGAAGAAUUGUUUCAAACCUUUAAAUAAUAUUAAAUAUUGAAACCCAAAAAAAGCAUAAAUUCUUAAACAAUAACAACAAACAACCAAAAAAACAUCACAGUUGAGAGUUUUCAAAGGAAAGGAAAAUUAAAUAAGCAAAAACCUUGGUUUCAGAUAUCAAACAAAAGUAAUAAUUAUUACAACAAAUUAGUAUUAAAAACUAUCACAUACACACAAAAAACACUCACAUCUACAGUUUUUUAACUAAUAUAUACAAAACCAGCAAUAAAACUGUGUAACAUAGACAAUUCUGCCGUUUUAUUUUUAAGUUUUAAUUGUAACAAACGAUUGUUUUACAGCAAAAAAUCUCUAAUAAAACAAUAAGAAACAAAAACAAACAGAGCCACAAACGAAAAUCAAAAUAGCCUUAAACAAAUCAAAUAAAUUUUAUACAAUCGCUACAUAAAUGACAUGAAACUAAGAAAUAGACAAAUUUUUUGAAAUUGCUACAUAGUAUACAAUGGAAAAUGAAAUCGUUUAAGUUUCUAUAAGAGCUAGACAGGAACAACAAAUGCAAUAAUUUUUAUUGGUUUAUUAUUAAUGUUAUUAUUUUAAAUACUGUUAAUUAUUUUCUAAUGGUAUACAAAAUAAAUCCAAUUCCAAGAAACCACACCCCCCGCCCCCACCACCUAAAUAAAAUAGCAAAAAUGAGGCAUAGCAAUAGAUAAAAUUUAUUGUAACAUUAAAAAACAAACAAAUAGAGAAAUCUAUUUUAAAUUAUUUACCCAUAUAUUGAACAAUACUACAAGAAUUAAUUCAAUAUAAUUUCUCUCAUUAAAGCAAACCUUCCUAGUAUAUAAUAUACAACCAAUACAACAACGUUUUCAUGUUUACUUUUUGUUGACAAAUGUUAUAUACAAACCAUAAAUCGUAUACAAAAAAUUGUUUUUUAAAAACAAAAUCUGCCACCGCCAAUAGUUAAUUUUUUUUUGUAACAUAGUUUAGUUAUAAAUACAAUAUACAAAAAAUAUAUCUUUAAACAACAAACAAACAAUCAAUCAAAAUGCAUAAAAGCUAACUUAACCAUAAAUGAAAAUACAACAAUAAUCUGUGAUUUAUAGCACAAGUAACUUAACUUAAACAUUUGCGAAACUAUAAAACAAAAUCCUCCGCAGAAGCAAAAGUAAAAGAACACACACACUCACACACACCCACACACACACACACACACCGAAAAUAAUAACAGUUAAUUGAACAACAUAUUUAUUAUUGUUUUCAUUAGUUACAAGAGCUAUUUUUUGUUUUGUUCUGUAAUCUAUGAGGAAAAUGUUGAAUCAAUAUGAAAUAGUAUUUGAGAAGUGCGUAUAAGGGGAAGCUGUAAAACAUAUUCAAAAUUGCUGGAAAGCAAUAUGAUGGGCCACAUAAAAUCUUUUACUUGUGCACUUGGUUCGCUGGUUACAAAGUAAAGCAUGGGGUAAAGUUAGUCAUUGCACAUCGUGUCAUUGUGGGGUUUCCCACUCGAUUAUCACCCGGCUAUGGCCAUAAACACCUUAGUAACCUGCGCACAGUUGAAUAGAAUUCAACAAGCGACAAUAUAGCAUAGUAGGUAGCACGAUCGUUUGUUGCUAGAAAACAAUUAAUUUUGGUAUCGCAAUCGACCAAAUUUGUCAAAGUGAGUGUGUUUAACAGACUGCCCUGACAGUGUAACCAACCAACAGGAAAGUGUUAGCGAUUAAAUUGGGCCCAUAUUCUCGUAACCAUCUUGAAGUUUUUCUCGUUUCUUUCAGUUGCUUAGUCGGAAAUUAAAAAAAAAUAGUUGAUUGCUUAAACUAUCCAUGACGAAAACUGUUUGAAAACAGGACUUCAUAUGCACUUCACAUAUUGUAUGGCCAAGGUGAACAACUUUAUUUUCAAAUAAUUUUCUAAACUCUCUACACAGAUAAAAAACAAAAGCACAUUUGGUCUUAUCGCUACCUCAUAGUAUCAUUUGAUAACGUAAAUAAUUUUAAUGCUGUGUACCACCCUUUUCUAUGAGUGUAUCUACGAGUUAUAAUGGGGGCCUAAUUCUAUCGCCAUGAUCCACACACAAUUCUUCAGAAAGUAACCGUACCUACCUGUUGUGAAUUGGUAGUAUUGUACAGCUGGCGUGUUCCCAGUGACGUUGUCAGUUUAAUAUUAUACUUCUUUGGCAUAGGUUUUCACUCAGCUAAUCUAAUAAUUUGAAAGAUAUUGUAAACCUAUUUUCUUAUAGCUGUCAUAAAGAUUAAACUCUGCUUCUUAAGAUCAUUUCAUCCAAACGCACUAAAACUAGUAAACAUAAUCAAUAACCCCUCAUAUAAGCUGGUCCCUUAUACGUUUUCCCAAAAGAUUUAUUGCAAAUUUUUUGAUAUUUGACUUCAACAUUUUUCUACAAAAACAUUUUUUUUGUUUAAAAACAACAGAUACAGAUAUCGUACGCCAUUUAACAUAAAGUCUAACAAUAUUGAACCAGGAACAUCGAAUUAAACUAUAGUAAUAAAAUCAAUGCAUUUGCAAUGAAAUCAAAAUCAAACCAGAAGACGAACACUUUACAAAUUGAUAUGAAAAAUACAAAUGUUUGCCGUACCAAUGAUUUUUUUGUUUUGGAAAUCAACAAAAACUAAAGAAAAGAUGAAGUAUGUAAUUAUUAAAAAAAAAGAGAAUUGAACGAAAUGCAAAAAACACCAUGAUCGGUAAUAAGAAUGAAAAAUAAAAUAAAAUGAAUAGAAAAAACUUUCACUGUACCAAAAAUAUAAAAGUACCUCAUAAACAUAAACAAAAGAAAUGAAAAAAUCUUUUUUAAUCACAAUGAAAUCAAACGCUAAAAUAGUAACAACAUCAGAUGAGGAUGGAUAUUACGAAGAGUAUAUAUAGGAGAGAAAAAAGGAAUUAUAAAUAUUAUAAUUUAAAUUGAAAAUGUUUUUUUGCAAAAGGACUAUAUUUUUCUUUAGAAAGUUUGAUUUUCUUCUUAUUCUGUCAAAAACUUAUCUUAAUAAAUACCACUUCAAAAUUAAAAACAACAAUUUAAAAUCAUAUAUUCCCAUUUAAAGCUCCAAAGCAACUGACAAAGACCGAACUGCAAAUCAGUAAAGUCAUGUAGAUAAAUAUUAAUGACCUUAUUCACAGAACUUACUGAAGCCUUAAAAUAGGUUUAUUUGACAGUUCCACAAAGGGAAUCUACAUUAUGUGUUGUGAAUACCUGUGUAAAACUUUAUUACGUCUUUUUAACCAUAUAACUCUCACUUAUUUUCUAAUUAUUUAGGAUUACUCUUAAACUUGUAACUCACAGAAGUGUAAACUAAGCUUUACUUAAUAUUUAAUAAUGAUUAAUUAUUAAAGCAUUAAUUUUUUUCCUACUCAGAUAAUGGUUCGGACAUAUAAAUGGCACAUUUCACUUUGUUUUCUAAGUUUUUUCAUCUACUUCGCUGGUCAAGAUAAGUAUAUAUGACUCCAAAGAUAAACGAAGUAAAUUACUCAAAAGGAGACCCACUUGUCGUUUAGAACCAACGUAGGUUGGCAAGUCUGCCCAUGACGUGAAAGGUAGGCUUGGAGUUUUGAGCGGUGGCCGAAAUUACGGUCCCCGUGCAACUCCUGCCGCACUCGGUAUUGUAGUGUUGAAAAAUAAACGGGAAAUGCGGCAAUUCCUGCGAUUGAGAUAUUGAUAAGACGUUUCCCGAAAAAGUAAAAAGACAGAAAAAGAAAAUCCACCUACUAUACAGAUUGGUCUAAAUAUUCCCAUACUUCUUUCCCUUAUAAGAACAAGAUAAGUAUCGGUGUCAGAUAGAGCAUAACUUUGCCUGCCAAUAGGUGAUUCAUGUCUUACAUUGCUUCGUUCUUAGUUAAAUUGGCAAUUAUUGACCAAUGCUGUUGCCUUUUUAUGAUGUUACCGAUCUAUUGUAGAUUAAUAAAUCGAAACUAUAGUUAUCAUUAAGUGUUUCCUAGAUGACGCCUUGAAUGUGGACUAAAUUAGUUUUAUCGUCGUUUAUUGCAAGAUUCGAUUAAAUUUUUCCGAAGGCUGCACUUGUUGACCGCUUUUUUAGACUUAUGAUUUCGAAGCAGAAUGAGUUUGUUGUAAAAAUAGUGUGCAUCUGGUAACAUCUGUUUCCCAUUUUUUAAGUUAAUUGUAACUAAUAGAUCGCCCCAUGCUAUAAAGGAGACGUUUUUUGCAAAUAGAGAAACGCAUACCCAAAUUUUUUCCUUUUGAUCCCAAUAAGCAAAAUACGAAAUAUUAUGGUGAUCGGUUAACGCUGACCCGUGCCACCAUGACGUCCAAAUUUAGAUGUAAUGCUUUCUAAGGAAUCUAGUAGAGUAUUUUAGCAUGAAAUUCGUAAACUAAGUAUACAUUUACAUAUAUGGAAUUUAUUACAAAACCUCAACUGUACCCUGCAAAAUUGUAGUAACUACGCCCUUAUAAGUGCCAAUCAGGCGAAUCCGAUUUUUACCAAUAUUGAGAAACAAGUGAUAUAUGCUAAAACAAAAAAAAAGUGAUAUGCAAAUUUAAGUGGUGAUUAGAUAACAAAUGCGAUCUCCGCUUUAUUACAAAAAACAGCAAACUCAUUUGGAAUUUUCCUUUUUGGGAUCAAAAGGAAAGAACUAGUGGAGGCUACUUUUUGUUUUUUACAUUAAAAUAUAUGUACCUUAGUAUAGGUUAUGCAAUAGUGGCAGUCCGUUACAGACUCACUCAGACGAAGUGACACAACAGUAGCGACAGACCAAAGCCUCCGAGCACGCUACCAAUUCGGCUAACACCUAUUAUUAUUAUUGUUAUUAUCUGUUAUCGCAUGAUAUAGAUAAUUGUUCUGUGCAACUUUACACUAAAAUCUAUACAGUACAGCUGACUAUCACUGGACAGAACUUAAAUAAAACACGGGAUUACUCAUUCGUGGUGAGUUGUCGUUCACAAAAGACACGGCCACCAUAUGCGGCAAAGACAUCUCUUAAUAAAUGUUUGAAUAUAGAAUUACCGAAUUCAAUCACGAAUUGAAUAUAUUUUUCUGCUAACUGUUCAUCAUUUUACAACACAGCACACUGGAAAAUAGUUAAGUAGGCGACAAACAUCGACCCGAUUUUUAAAAAUUUUUGGCUAAUAAAAUACAUAUGUGCUGGAAACAAUCGUUUUUAUUUGCAAAUAACUUAAUUUCAUGUGCAUGAAAAGAUCAAAAUUUUCAUUAGAAGUUGCGAGCAAAAAUUCUCCAAUGCCUAUUACGUCACCCUAUUACGCAAAAAGAAUUUCAUUUGAGCUGCGUACCUGCAAGCAAAAUUUUCAGUAGCGGUAUCGAAACCGAAAAUUUCGCUUAGGAUAUGUCAAUGGAUUUCUUAUGGAGACGAAAUUUUCGCCAUAGGUACAUUCUGCCCCAUAACAGUUAAACAGCCUGAGAUAUACAAGUCUAUAUCAUUAUUAAUUUUUGUUGUCUUGGAGCUUUUCAUAUUUGUUUAGACACAAAAUUUUAGUAUAAAAAAUAUAUUUUCUCACCUUAUUUGUAUUUGUAAAUUACGUACAUUGCGUGUAAGCACUCUAAUACGAAUUGAAAUGUUCUCAAACUACUUCACAGAUUUAGCUUAACAGUGUUCUUUAACUAGAUUUUAUAAAACUUAACAUAAACUACCUUAUUUUUAUCUUCUUUAGAAAUGUAUUUUAACAAAGUGUUCAUUAAAUUAUGAUAAUUUCUAAUAAUAAAUUUAUUUUUAACAGACCAAGCAAUUGAAUAGAAAGGAAAUGAAACUUUUAAUUCUAAUUGUACUUUCAAUAAUAUGAAGAAAAAAAAAAAUUUUGUAAAUUCUUUAAGGAAUUAUUACUUUGGAUUUUCAUGUAAGACUUCACAAAUAUUCUCAAUUUACAAUCACUGCCUGCUUUCCUUUUGCAACACAACACUGUCUUUUUUACAUACAAAUUUUAAUUUACAUCUAUUUAAAUACAAUAUAUUGAUUAAAAUAUAGUAUUUUGAAAUUUUAAUUUUUGCAUCACACUACGAAUGUUUCAUAAAUCAAUUCCCAAAGUUUUGCCUUAGUUGAAAAGAAAUUCUUCUGUCAUUGAAAUCAAGCUGUGAACAUUGUGAGGAUCUUUAAGAAAUGUGUAUUUUUAGGAUAUAGUUCAAUAUUUAUAAAAGAAUAUAAUUUUUUAAAAUGUAAAACUUACUACGUUAAAUGUUAUUUCAUAUGAUUUUUAAAUAAAAUUUUAUUUUUUUAUUUGACAAAAACCUGUUCUGUUUCGAUCAUAUGUUGUUUUUAAUUUGCAGCUAUAACGGACAUGAUGCUCUUGUUCACACUGAACACUUUACUAUUGGCCAUAUUUUAUUGUAAUUUAUUUAAUAUACUCCAAUUGUAAAUAAAGGACAUAGGACAAGGACAAAUAUAUGACAUGCCGUCUAGAAUAUUAUAUUAAACAAUCACGCAAACUAACGUUAACAUUUUGUUUUAAGUAUACAAGAGAGAAGAUGAGAAACAUGUUGCUUAUUUUUUUAUUUUCAAAUAAAUGUCCUUUUAAACGACA